AUGGCGUGCAUCAACAUGUACAACCCUGACGGCGCGGCGGGGUUCGGCGGCGGCCCGCAGGUGCCGGCCGCGCUGGGCCCGCGCAUCUCCUUCUCCAGCGACUUCGCGGUGGAGCCGCCACCGCCGGUGCAGAACCGGGCGAUGAGCCUGCGGUGCCAGGAGGAGGACCUCAACUUUGAGUUCUCGGUGGGGAGCCACCCCAUGAUGGCGGCCGACCAGCUCUUCUCCAAGGGCAGGAUCCUUACCCUCAAGGACAAUGGCGGGGGCGGCGGAGCCAGCUGCUUCGCCGCCGCCGCCGCCCGGCCACCCACCACGCUGCACGACGAGCUCCGUGGCGGGGACGACGACGAGAGGGCCUCCGCCUCCGCCAGCAGCAAGGGGUCGUCGUCCAGCCGGUGGAAGGAGAUGCUCGGCCUGCGGAAGGCGCUCUGCGUCGCCGCCGGCGGCGGCAACGGCCCGGCGGCCAAGAAGGCUAGCAGCGACAAGCAGGGCGUCGCCGCCGACGUCGCCGACAUUAUGGUCACCGACGACGACGACAUGGCCGCGUCCAAUCAGGUUGGCAUCUCGUGCCUGCAGCAUCCUGCAUGCUCCACCAUACGGUGGAGCUUAAUCUGA